AUGAAGUUGAAGUCACCGUCAGAGAAAAAGGAAAAGAAAGGAAAAGGAGCAGAUAUGCUUGAGCUGCUCGAUGAGGCGGCUGCAAGGCCAGCAACGGGAACAACACGAUCUCGACCACAAAGUCGAGACAACGCUGCUCAAAAAUCACAAAUUUCAACAGCCAAGAGACGACCACAGUCAGUUAAGAAAAGGACGAAAUAG